UUCUGAGCAGGGGCCCAGCCUGGGGGAGGUCAUUUAUACCCCUCCCCCUGGGCCCACCAGCCCAGCUUGCCGCUGCUGGCCUGACCUCGCUCCCCGUGCUGCUGCCCAGAAGCUAGGCUCUAAGCACAGGACAUCAGGAUGGGGGAUGAGGAGAAACGCAACAGGGCCAUCACGGCCCGGAGACAGCACCUGAAGAGUGUCAUGCUCCAGAUCGCCGCCACGGAGCUGGAGAAGGAGGAGGGUCGCCGGGAGUCGGAGAAGCAGAACUACCUGUCCGAGCACUGCCCCCCCCUGCACCUCCCCAGCUCCAUGUCCGAAGUGCAGGAGCUCUGCAAACAGCUGCACGCCAAGAUCGACGCUGCGGAGGAGGAGAAGUAUGACAUGGAAGUGAGGGUCCAGAAGAGCACCAAGGAGCUGGAGGACAUGAACCAGAAGCUGUUCGACCUGAGAGGCAAGUUCAAGAGGCCUCCGCUGAGGAGGGUGCGCAUGUCGGCCGACGCCAUGCUCAAGGCGCUGCUGGGCUCCAAGCACAAGGUGUGCAUGGACCUCCGGGCCAACCUGAAGCAGGUCAAGAAGGAGGACACGGAGAAGGAGCGGGACCUGCGCGACGUGGGCGACUGGCGGAAGAACAUCGAGGAGAAGUCGGGCAUGGAGGGCCGGAAGAAGAUGUUCGAGACCGAGUCUUAGGCCCCGCCGCCCCGCGCCCGGCCUGGCGCUGCCCCCAGAGAGGAGGAGGAGGACACAGCCCGUCUCAGGGGUCAAUAAAGGAUUCCAAUCCCCGUGA